CUUCAAAGGGUAUUUAUGUCUUUUCCCAAAAUCAUGCCCAUGAUUUAUAGAUUGGAACAUUAUCGCAUUCAAGAAAAAGCUCAUCCAAACCAUCUCUCUCUAGAAUCAAUUCUCAGUCUCAGCCAUGGUUUCUGAAGAAGUUGCCCGCACUUCACUUGGUGUCUUAGGAAAUAUCAUUUCAAUCACAUUAUUCUUGUCAGUUGUGCCAACGUUUUUCCGCAUAUGGAAGAAAGGAAGUGUGGAACAAUAUUCACCGAUUCCAUAUUUGGCUUCUUUCUUCAACUGUGGAUUAUGGGUGUUAUACGGCAUGCCAUUUGUCCAACCACAUAGCCUGCUCGUGGCCACUACCAAUGGAGCCGGGGUUGUGAUCGAGUUCGGCUACUUGGUCAUCUUUCUCAUGUAUUCUGACCCUAGAAAGAGGGUUAGGGUUGCGUUGAUAAUGUUACUUGAGAUUUUAGUCGUUGGUGGGCUCGUUCUUUUGGUGCUAACCUUAGUGCACACAACAAAAAAGCGAUCAAGUAUUGUUGGGAGCAUAAGCAUUGCGGCUAAUGUCUUUAUGUACGCUUCACCAUUGUCUGUCAUGAGAUUGGUGAUCACGACUAGAAGCGUGGAGUAUAUGCCUUUUCUACUCUCAUUGUUUUGCUUCUGUAACGGUCUUUGUUGGUUUCUAUACGCCCUUUUACCUUUUGAUCCCUUUGUUGCGGUACCUAACGGGAUCGGGGCAGUUUUAGGUAUUCUGCAACUGAUACUUUAUGCAACCUUCUAUAAAUCCACAAAGCGAAUGUUGGUGGAAAGAAAAGAGAAAGCGGAAAUGGGCCUAGCAGAAAUGGGCUCAUCCAAUAUGCACAAUGGCAACGAAACUAAUAUUUAAAAUAUUAAAGCUUGGGCCUAAUGGGCCACAACCCACUUUUCUUGAACUACUACAAAGUGACCAUAUGGAUUAUGGCGAGAUAACGAGCCUAUUAUGAGUUACUUUUUUACUAUCAAUUUUUCACUUUUUCUUUUAGUUAAUUAACCAUAUUUCUUAAUAAAUAUUUUUAUAAGUUA